UCGUUUUUGUCGGCCUAACGACUCAAAAAGCGACGUGCAGCAGUUGAACUGCGCAAUGGCCGCGCGGCAUCGAUGCCAACUAUCCCUCCGCGGCGGCGGCAAGAGGUCGAAGAUCCAAAGGAAGACGCGAGCGAGACGGUCAUCCACGUGAUCGAUGACGCCAGACAAGUCCGACGGGACUUCUUUUGCAAGCAGACCCAGCUGCUGGAGCACAUGAAGUACUUUGAAACCUGCUUGGCGGGUGUAUCUCCUGACGACGAGGUGGAGAUCUCCGUUCAUUGUGACAUCAAGGUGUUUGAGUGGCUGGUGGAGUACAUGGAAGGCUCUCGAGAAGUUUCUGCUCUUGACACAAAGGACCUGGUGUCCAUCCUUAUCUCAGCUGACUUUUUGCAGAUGGAGACGCUGGUGGAGGAGUGCCUCGCGGCCAUGCACAAGUCCCUGGCCGAGGUCUUGGCGGUGCCUCUGGACUUAGGCUGCAUCCCGGAGCGGCUGGCGGGGAAUCUCGCGGCGCGCUGCAGCCUCGAAGACUUAGAGCAGUUACAGGACGAGAAGGAUCGCUUCAAGAGUCGGCUGUACGUGCACCAGCUCAAGCAGUUGCUCUCCCAACCAGAGCAUGUGCUCUUUUGCUGCGCCCAAUGCCAGCGCCUCUGCGCGGCCUCUGAGCGGUGUUGGCACCUCUGCCCCGAGGCCGUCGCAGGCCUACCUGGCGACCUAAAAAAUCCGCUGCCGGCGCUGCUGCAGCACACUCCAGACAAUUCCUGGGACGUGGGGGACUUCUUCCAGCAGCUCUGGGCGCAACUCAGCAGCUGGCCGCGGAUCUUUUGGCAGGUCUGGGCCAGGCUGCAGCAGUUCGAGUGCAUCGUUUGCCACACCAGCUUUUGCGGCCUGGAGCUGGGGCGCUGCGCUGGCGCACAGUUGGACCCAAAGCAGGCCCACGUGCACGAAGAAGGCGAAACCGGAAGCUUCCGGGACCACGUGGUCGCAGCGGAGGGCCAGCCGAAGCUGCAGAUGCUCCUGAGGCACCGGGAAGUCCUGCAGGACGCGGAGGUGCUGCUGAAGGUGGCGACCCCAAUCGGAGGUCCAAAGCCAUCAGAGAGCACCAAGGACGCGGAAGCGCCGGCGGACUCAAAUGAGCAGCUGCUCCGGGGGAGGUACUGCUGCGACCGGCCGCCGGAGCAUGGGGCCAAAGCCGCCGGAACCAGCACCCCGCGGCGCCGGCCCCGGUCCGCCGGCAUGCGCACGCCGCGCGCGGAGAGCGGCUUGGAGUACAGGCUGCAGAGGUCGCCCUACCAAGACGCCAGCGCGUUGCAGGAGCUGUUCACUGAGGAGCGGCAGGAGAGUGGUGUCAGGACACCGAGCUUCUUCGAGCCAAAGUUGCCGAAGGGGGUUGCCAGCCAAAGAAAGCUGCAUCACAUGAUGGACAUGCUCAGGGAGGAUGAUCGCCGACGCAUGGACGACCUCACCACUCGAAUCUACGUGACUUGGAAUCUGCCGAUUUAUGACGGAGAGCUCACCUGGCUGGGGGUGAAACGCUCAAAAGCGAUGGAUGCCCAUGGAUUCGAUUCCCCCGUGCACACCUCGGAGCUGACCGUGGUAUACAAGCUUCAGCUGGCCCUGCUGGAGAGACGCCUGCGCCAGCGCCCGGAGAACGUCUUGCGAGCGAAGGCGGCCAGCCUCUACUGCCUCUCGGCGGAGGCCGAGUCGGGGUCCUCGGAGCGGGGAUGGCUCUUCGGCGAGGCGCAGCGGCAUCUGGAGAAAAUCCUCCAGAGCUCCGAGGAUCCGCAGUAUUUGCACUUCGUCUUGACCUCCGCAGUGGGGGCAAAGAACUUUUACCAGCUCCCACAGCUGACUGCACAGUUCAUGCGAAAGAUCGCGCUGCACCGGGACUGUAUGGAGGAGUUCAGAACUCGCAGCGAGUUCGAGGAGCGGGCCAGCAGCUACCACCUGGCGAAUGCCUUGGCCAUUCUCAAGGCGAGAGGUGUACUGGGUGGAGGGGUUAUCAGUGGUACGCUCUAA